AUGGAAGAAAGGAGGAGCAUUGCUGAAACUCUGAAGGUGCCUUCACAAAGGAAGAUGUGACCGAUAGCAUUGGAAGGGAAACGGCAAAGAGGAAGGAAGAGAAAGAAGUAAAAGCUGAUGUCUGCGGGGCCGUAAAUCCCUAUGUUCUCUGCAACUUCUACCACAAGAUAUCAGUGCAAGAAGCUAGAGAUCUAGAGAUCUAGUGAUUAACUGGGGCCUCGUGGGAGUUACAGUGCCUAUCAUCACCCUCGUCAUCACAAGAGCUCUCCUAAUAACUGUGUUUUUCCCGUAGACCUCUGAGUUGAUCUGAGGAGAAGCUGAAGGCUGAAAAAGACCGAAAAGUACUAACAACUAAAGAAAACGAAGAGAUGGGAGGAUCAUCGAUCCAGUCUACAUUCUUCGGAGAUGUAUCAUCAAGCCCCUUCAGUCUGUUCCUCCUUACCGUUCAGAUCGGCUUAAAAUCGGAAGAAAAAUUUGAAGGUCUACCAAUGCUAAACCUAAAACCCUAUAAUCAGAGGAGCAGAUGAGUUCGAUUCUGAAGAAUUUCAGAUACAACCUCGAUUCGUAGAAAUAAUUAAUGGAUGAAACAGUAGAAAAAUGAUGUGUGAUGAGUGCAGAUAAGAAAACAGACAAAUAAACCAAUUAGGAAAUAUUUCAGAAUGUAAGAUCUGAUGCAGAAACAGUAAGGGUUCAUCAUAGAGGGAGAUUGGUCUCACUUGCCGCAGGAAGAGUACUCAUAGAGUCGCCCCCGGCUGGAGAAGACUAUCAGAGCGAUCUCGGCUUCACAGAGAAUGGACAGCUCGUAGGCCUUCUUCAUCAGCCCGUUCCUCCGCUUGCAGAAGGUAACCUGGCGGUUGGUGGUGUUCUCGAUCCUCUUGAUCUCUAUUUUUCCCCGCCCCAUAUUGCUUGCAAAUACUUCUUUACCCUCUUUCCUCCUCUUUCUUCAGCUACUGUGAAAAAUAAUGAGAACAAGAACAAAGAAAUCGUCAGUAAGAGGGACGAAUUACGUCUCAGAGUGUCCAUUCUUGGUGGAAGAUGGAAGAAGAUGACUUUCACAAGCUCCUAUGAACCUGGAAGACCUCUCACAAGGAAUUUGCUUUUUGCGAGGUGCAAGAAAAUGGGAUUAUUCUGAGCAAUAAGAAACCCCUCUCCUGUCUACCUUUCUCUACCUACAUCUCCCCCUCCCGCUCUAUCUUCGUAUUUACUCCGAUAAAAAAACAAGAACAUGAUGGGAUGUAGUUGGAUAAUGGAAAUUUCAGGCGCAGAGAGAGAGAGAGAGAGAGAGAGAGAGAGAGAGAGAGAGAGAGAGAGAGAGAGAGAGAGAGAGAGAGAGAGAGAGAGAGAGAGAGAGAGAGAGAGAGAGAGGGAGAGAGGGAGGGAGGGGGAGAGAGAGAGAGAGAGAGAGAGAGAGAGAGAGAGAGAGAGAGAGAGAGGGAGGGGGAGAGGGAGAGAGAGAGAGAGCAAAUCACAGCGAUAUUAAGAAGAUAAAUGUAGAGGAUGGGAACCAAGAAAAGACUUCUCAACGCAUUACGUAGCAUCCUAGGCUCCCUAUGAUCACUGUGAAAGAUGUUCGAAGGCAAGACAAACGAAAGAUACUCAGAGGAGAAUGAUCUUUACAGCUCGACUAUGCUGGUGAUCAUCGUGACGCUCCGUUGUGAGACUAGCGCUAUCGGACAUAUCUCUCCGGGAUCCAAACAGGAGCUGGAAAUUUUAGAGUAGAAAGUAUAACAAGAAGAAUGAUCCAAAAAAUGUGUUAAGAUCAUUACAGAAAGAGACUGGCUGACGGUAAAAAACAGUGAGCCCAGGGAUAAAGAUGGGAGAUCGAUCUCAUCUAAGGCAUCAAUUCACUACUCCAAUAUCUUAAAGUGCUAUAAGGGAUUGGAGUUUCUCGACGAACCCUAUCUCUAAUAGGUCAAAAAAAAAAAAAACAAGAAACGGGGAGAAAAAUCGAUCGGCUGGAGAAUUAAGCUCGCCAUCCGCUCGCUUAUGAUGCUAGCUAUCUCAGAUUGA